CUCUCGCUUUGUCUGUCACGCGCGCGCUCUCUCGCUUUGUCUGUCACGCGCGCGCGCUCUCUCUCUCUCUCUCUCUCUCUCACGGUCAUGGUUCUUCGGUUUUCAGCUCCGGCGUCAUGGGUGGUGACCAGUUCUCCUCGAGCACGGCUGACCAGAUGCACGCUUGCAACUGGAUCCGGAACCACCUGGAGGAGCAUCCGGAUACCUGCCUGCCAAAGCAGGACGUGUACGACGCCUACAAGCGAUACUGUGACAAUCUGUCUUACCGACUCCUGAGUGCUGCAAAUUUUGGCAAGAUCAUGCGAGAUGUCUUCCCGAACUUCAAGGCUCGACGGUUGGGAGGGAGAGGUCAAUCCAAGUACUGCUACGGUGGGAUCAGGAGGAAGACCGUGGUUAACAUGCCGUCACUUCCCAGCCUGGAUCUGAAGCUCCCGGAGCCAGUCGAAGUGAAGGAGGCAGACAAGUCGAAGCAGGAUGAGGUGUUGAUGUCGGCAGCCAUUAGCCUGAUCUGUGAGUGGGCCCAGCGGGUGCUGAUGAGGCAGUUCGACACGGUGGUGGACUUGGCUCGCUUCCUGGUCAAGGAGCACCUCAUCAGCCCCAGGACCAAGAAUGCUGCCGUGGUGAUGAAGGAGCUGAUGAACGAGAACAUUCUGAAAUCGCCAAAGAAGACAAAGUUCCAGCAGCAGCCCAGGAACACAGGUCAGGAUGGUGAAGAGAAAUCACCAGUCUCUCAGAUGGAACCCUCCAAAGGUGGUAAGGAUGAACGGCCGGGAGCACCGCGAGGUAAACAGCCCGCCGCAGUGGAUGUGGACAGUGUCAUUAACCGCUACCCCCCCAUCAAGCCCAAGACGCAAGCCAAGAACCUGUUGGCGAUCCCGGCCGCCCCCUGCCUCUCUCCGGCUGCCUUACCCCUCCGGGUGGCCGCCCCAGUGUCCCUGGCCCUGUCACCGGGCAGUCAGCCCUCUGGGGUGGUGGUCACGGCAGCAGGCACCCUCCCCCUGCUGAAGAACGUGACUGUCCUCCUCCCCGGCGCGGUGCGCCCCCUGGCACCCGAGGGGGGCAGCCCGGGAGCAGGUCCUGCUCUCCCCACCCCUCCCCAGCCCCACGAGCCCCCUCCCCCACCCCCCAAGGCCGAGCGGGCCAAAGGCUGCCCCCACCCCUCCCCGAGGGGCUCCCCACCCCACAAGCGAGCGGCUGGUUCCCUGGGGGAGAGGCUGGCCUCCAAGAGGAAGAGGGGACGGCCCCGCAAGGUGGUGCCGCCGUCGCCUCUGAGUGAGGUGCCGGGGGCCCCUCCCCCAGAGCCCGGGCAGCCGCCGCCACCUCCCCCUCCCCUGCCGCCUCCCCCUCCCUCCACCACCCCCACCCCCACCCCCACCACCGCCUCUGCGUCGCCUUCGCCACCCGCCGCUGCUGACAAGCCCCCGGCCAAGACAAGCGAGCCAUCGGAGCAGGGGGCCCGCAAGACAUCGGUGAUCCGUCCCGUCUGGUGGACCGGCGCACCGGGGAGCAGGAGGACGAGAUCGCCAACGCACAAAUCCCCUGCCCAUCCCCAAUGACGGCGGCUUGCUUCCCCCCUCAGCCCCUCCAUUGUCAGCUCAAUCCCUGGCCUAGAGAGAGGGAGAGGGCGGGGGGAAGAGGACGCUUGACAUGUGCACAGCAGCCGCAGCUGCCAUCCUACGCCUGGGCCCAGUAUCCGGUUCAACUUCCUGGGGGCUCCCCCCCCCCCACCCCCAACCUCCGAGUUGAAUUUUGCUGUCCUGGUGUUCAGCGGACUAUUGGAAUGGCCGAUCUGCUUAAGGACUUCUCUUACUGUUUUGUUUUUUGUUAUCUCCACUUUUAUUUUCAACCAGUUGAUAAUUUUGAUAAUUUACACGUCCUAACGUUACUGUAAAUAUUUUACCGGAGAGGGGGAAUAACCAUCAAAACGUUUGGGUAAAAAAAAGGCGAUGCAAGGAA